AUGGAAAGCAUCAAGGGGUACAAGGGAAGUAAGAUCACAUCGGAGGACAUUAACAAGUUACUGAGGGAAGCGGUCCGCAACAUAGAAGAAAGGACAAACAGGGAGAAGCGUGCAGAGGAGGAGGCAAGGGAAAAUGAAGAUACCAAGGCGGGAAACAACAGCAAAGGACACAGCAGGAAAAGGAGAUUGGAGAAGGACGAGGGCACAGCUGGAGAGCCUAAAACAGGAAGAAGACAUGAGGACAAGCGGGAAGAGGAGGAAGAAUUAGCUCUAAUGGAAGCGGCCGAGGCAGCAGAAGAAGCAGAAGCCUCCAUGUGUGAACUGGAAGAAGACAUGGAUUGGGAGGAUAAACUUAGCCAAGGAUGGCCAGAGCCUGCAGGAAGCUCAACGCCGCGAGCCGGGGAGUGUAAAGAAGGAAAAACGGGAAAAGGUGAACAGGAAAAGGCGAAAAGAAAGUUGCCGCUUGUCAUAGAGGAUAAAAUAAUCGGCACCAAAAGUGAAGAACUGAGGCUGCAUCCAGUAGUCAAGAUGGCGCGAUUAGUAGGCGAAGAAGGUAGAGCUGGAGGAAAGAAUGGACAAAUCAAGAAGAGCGAGGAGCAGCAAAGCCAGAAGGAAGGGAAGAGAGAUGGAGACAAAGCAAGGUGUGGACAAGACGAAGAGGAGUAUGAAAUCAUGAGGAUAGUGAAGAGGGUAAGGGAAGAAAAAAGAAGGAUGGAGGAGAAACGUAAGAAGCAGGAGAGCAGUGGAGAAGGGAACCAAGCAGAAGAGGGAAAAAACGGAGACGGAAACGGAAGGAACAAAGAUAGAGCGAGGACAGGCGCGAAAGGGAGGCGUGAGGAGACAAGAAGCGAGGAGGAGCGAAGGAAAGAAGGGUGGACCAAGGACAGAAGGGGUGAAGGAAACAGGAGCGACGUGGUCGUAAUAGUGCAAUACCCGAGAGAGGAAAUAGACUACUGGAGCGCAAUAAGAUGGCUGAAAACAAAAAUACACGCCUUCACAGAUGGGCUCAAGGAGAUCAGGGAGACCAGGAAAGGAGACGUCAUUAUCAUUUUACAAAGAGACAACGAGGACAGAGCGAAGACGGGCAAGGAGUGCGCGGAAGUGAUAAACAGGGAAGGAAACGGCAAGUGGAAAGCGCAGAUCCACACGGAUAGGGUUGUGAUGGCAAUCAAAAUCUCCGACCCGGACUUGGAAAAGGACGAGCUCAUGGAAGCACUCAAGAAAGGCGGAUUAGAAGAGCUGGUGGAAAAAGGAGAGAUUUGCUUUAAGCAUAUAGGGGGCAGACAGGGAACAUGUCACCGCACCGCCUUUCUUGAGUGCACAAGAACGGCAGCGAAACGGCUCACCCAGGAGAAAAGCCUGAGGACUAAGUGGCAGGAGCUCAGACCCUUCUUUCCAAGAAGGAAGCAGGAAGAAUGCGUGAGAGGAAAAGAAGAGAAAAAAGGGGGCGAAACGCGCGGAAUCAGCGAAAAAACGACAAACGGGGAAGGGAGCGAGAAGAGGCAGCCCAAACCCGGAACCAGUAAAGAUCCUUGGAUAAGCAGCUCGGAUAGGAAUAAAAUACAACCUAAAUAUUACGACAAUCACUUAGUUAAAAUCAGGCAAUUUAAACAAACUUCGUUGACACUACACAUUAUACAUUAUACAAAUACAAUACAGGGCAAUCUAGUAUUCUUCAUCUUUCACACGCACAGUGCAUACUACAACGCAGACGACUUAACUAAACUUAGGGCAUUAAGACUAAACGUCACAAAUAUCGGAUUUAAGAUAGAAAAUAGGCAUGAGAUGCAUGCAGGCAUGAAAUUGCAUGAAAACAAGGAGCGCAUGGGGCAGAUGAACAUGGUAGUAUUAGCAUAG